GUAUUUAUUUGCUUUUAAAUGCUUCUGAAAAGCCAAAUCAAUUAAUGUAAUUGUAUUUAGAGCGAUUGAUAUGUAAUUUAUCGGAGUCAUGACGUCGACUCGUCAUUAUUUAAAUCCAUUAAGAUAACGACCACUCAGAAGAAGAACUUGAUCGCAAAAACAAACAUUCACAUUUUGUGGUCGGCUUUGAGUGGAUAGUGGGUACUGUCAGCACCAGGUUUUUUUUUAGGAUUGUUCGUGUGUUGAGGAAUUUCAACUGAAGUUAAUCAACAUGUCGAUUACUAGUAUUGAAGAUGAUGCACUAGCAUUAAAGAGUUACAUCAAGUCAUAUCCGGACUUCCCUCUGCCUKGUAUUUUGUUUAGAGAUAUAUUUAAUGUCUUCCAAAAUACUGAUGGAUUGCAAUUGUUGAAUAAUAUUUUGAAAAAAUAUGCAGUUGAAAUCGCUGGUAAAGUUGAUUGUGUUGCAAUGUUAGAAGCUCGAGGAUUUUUGUUGGGCACUUUAAUGGCAUUGCACUUAAAUGUUCCCUGUGUUCCAGUUAGGAAGAAGGGAAAGUUACCUGGCAAAGUAGCUCAACUAGAGUAUAGUUUGGAAUAUGCUAAAGAUGUGUUGGAAGUUCAAUUAGAUGUUUUAAAAGAAGGAAAGAGGGUUCUGGUUAUUGAUGAUUUGUUAGCAACUGGAGGUACUCUUGCAGCUGCUGUUCAACUUUUGAAGAAAACUGGGGCAGAAGUAGUUCAAGCAGUAGUUAUUAUGGAACUCUGUGAUUUAGAAGCUCGGAAAAAAAUUGACAUUCCAAUUAAAUCAUUUAUUCAAUACUAAAAUAUGUUUUAUAUAAUAUAUUCAUUUUAAUCCGAUAAAUAUCUGAAGUUUGAAGAAAAAAUUGAAUUUGGUAUGCGUUACGAAUUUAUUUGCCACAGAAACACGAGAAAUAACGGAAACGAGCACAUUAAUAUAAGUACUCAAACGACUCGUCGAAAUGCUCUUCACAAUGGGAUUCCGGCUACUUAUAUAGGUAGUUAUAUGCAGUGAAAUAAUACAUGUUUUGUACAUUAAAUAAGUUUCUCACAUUGUC